CGACUUUCAAAUAAUCUGACUGUUCUCAUCACCUCCUAUAAAUACUGAGGGACUUUUUAUGUAACGCUAAACGCUUCACACAACUCCCACGCAAACACCCGAAAGCUGGAAAUUCAGAAACGAAAGCAACAAUUAUGCCUCCUCCUUUCGUGAAAGAGGAUCUUCCCCCAAUUUUGGAUUCUACUUCUCUUGAACCCCCUCCCCUCUUUGAUGGAACUACCAGGUUGUAUAUCGCUUACACAUGCCCAUAUGCGCAGCGUGCUUGGAUUGCAAGAAACUACAAGGGUCUACAAGACGAGAUAAAAUUGGUUGCCAUUGACAUUGGAAACAAGCCUAUUUGGUACAAAGAGAAAGUUUACCCAGAAAAUAAGGUGCCCUCACUGGAGCACAACAACAAGGUCAUCGGAGAGAGUCUAGAUUUACUUAAAUAUCUCGAUGAUAACUUUGAAGGACCCAAACUUUUGCCUAAUGAUCCUUCCAAACAACAGUUUGCUGAAGAGUUGUUAGAGUACACUAACACAUUCAACAAAACCCUGUUUACUUCUUUCAAAGGAGAUCCAGCGAAAGAAAUUGGUAGUGCUUUUGAUUACUUGGAAACCGCUCUAAACAAAUUCAAGGAUGAUCCUUUUUUCCUUGGCCAAUUCAGUCUGGUGGAUAUAGCCUAUGGUCCUUUUAUUGGAAAUUUUCAAAUCAUCUUUCAAGACGUGUGGAAGUAUGACAUCACGGCAGGACGACCAAAACUAGGAGCAUGGAUUGAAGAGAUGAACAAGAUUGAUGCUUACACGCAGACAAAGUAUGAUCCGGCAAAAAUCGUUGCAUCCUACAAGAAGCGCUUUCUGGGCCAAUAAAUCCAGAAGCUACUCCAGCAGCUGUUCGGAACUGUCAAUUAAAUAACUGGCUUAAUGCCAAUUAUCUAUGUUGUAUCUAUUUUAUAACUCAGGUGUGUUCCAAACGUUAGGUAUGUCUCUUGUCCUCCCAUGCCCAUAAUACCCAUAUCGAUUGAGGAUUACAUGGAUACUGUUGUUGUGUAAGUGUCCCAAAGGGUGUGGUUAGAAUGUUUUUCUAGCUUACUAAGAUCAAGUCAUGUGUGUAUUGAGUUUAGGUACACUCCUACCGACCACUCCUCUCUCACGUAUGUGUGGGGCCCCAUCCCACAAUUAAAUGUGUUGGGCCAACACAUAUGUGAGAAACGAGUGUACGUAGCAUUGCUCGUGUGUAUUUUGUGAGAUGUUUUUGCAUAAUCAUACUUGUAUUUUGUUUUGUUUUCUAGUUUAAUAAGAUCAAGUCAUGUCCACUGUCCUUGAUUGGUGAGAGAUGUUUGUGCUUUAUCA